AUGGUGAAAGGCAGUAGUAACAAAGACAGUAGCAUCAACGAGCAGGACUACGCUCCCGACAAGAGCUCUUUGGCGACUUGGUGCAGCUAUCGUAAUGCCGUCAUCAUCGUACUUCUCGUCGCACUCAAUGGCGUCUCGUACGGUUAUGAGAUUGGUCUAGUCGGCGGUCUACUCGAAGCUCCUUCAUUUCGAAGGGAUUUUCACAUGCCCAAGGAGCCAAAGAAGUUGGCAGACGAGAAGGGAAACAUCGUCGUCAUCCUCCUCUGUGGGCAGAUCCUCGGUGGUCUCAUCUCACUGUUUCUGCCUGAUUGGAUCGGCCGACGAAAAGCUAUGAUCAUUUCCACCUGCACGUUUCUUGUGGGCGCCGUCAUCCAGAUCACCUGUGCAAUCGAUGGUGCUAACGGCCGAGCGCAACUGUACGUCGGCCGAUUCAUCGCUGGGGCCGGCAUGGGUUGCAACCACACGUCCGUAGGUACUUUUAUCGCCGAAGUCUCGCCGCGACGGAUUCGUGGUGGUCUCAAUGGGACGUUCUUCAUGUUCGUGUAUCUGGGCACGACCUGCGCGUUCUUUGCGAACUUCGGGGUACAGAAGCAUUACGAGUCGAUGAAAGAUGUCAUGAACAGUGCAAACUGGAGGAUCCCCACUGCUUUCCAGGUCAUUCCAGCUGGAAUUGCCCUUAUCGGUGCAAUGAUGUCGAAGGAGACGCCGAGGUGGUUUGUGCUCAAGGGUCGCUGGAUGGAGGCUAAGCAGUCGAGCGCCUUCUACCUUCGCCAAGAUCUCGAUUCGCCCGAGGUCGAAGACCUGGUCAUGCAGAUUCAGAAAGAUAUCAACACGACUGGCAAGAGGACUGUCAAGACCGUCUUUAAAGAAGCAACCCGGACGAAGAACGACCUGCUCCGCUUCGUAGUGCCCUCUCUCGCUCACUUGUGCGCCGAGUGGAGCGGCUUGAUCUCGUUGGCAUACUACAGCCCACAGAUCUUCAAAGAGCUCGGCGUAGUGGGCCGAUCGGCUGGUCUUUUUGCAACGGGAAUAUACGGUAUCGUCAAGACAGUCACGGCCGUGUGCGCCCUUCUCUUCACGGUCGACCGCUUUGGACGCAAGUGGCCAGCAGUCAUCGGCACUCUCAUCCAGGCCUUCGCCAUGUUCUUCAUUGCCAUUUCAGGGGCCGCAACUCAGGCGCCCAAUGAAUCUUUGAGACUUGCAACAAUCUCGAUGAUAUAUGUAUUCACUUUCGGCUUCUGCUUCGGUCUCGCCAUGGUAAUAUCUAGCAUCACUUCGGAAGCACCGCCCACUUCCCUGCGAGUACCCUCAAUGGGGGUUUCAAAGAUCGUGGCCUCCUUGUCGAACCUCGCCCUCGGCAAGCUGACACCAAUUAUGCUCUUGAACAUCCCGAACCGUGGCACCUUCUUCAUCUUCGGAACCUUUUCCCUUGUGGCAACCCUCUUCACGAUCUUCGUUGUUCCCGAGACGAGCAAUCUGCCUUUGGAAGGAAUAACCUACGUUUUCGAGCGCACGCCAUAUAUGAAGAACUGCGUCACCGAUCUCAGCCCACGGAAGAGGAGGGAGACGCAGCGAUUCGUCAUUUCCAAGCUAGCCGACAACGACACAGCCGUCAAGGAGAAGAUCCAGGCUAUGCCCGGCCCUCUCCUCCUAUGA